AUGAAUAAGUUUUAUAUUCAAAUUGUUUUCUUUCUUUUAAUCAUCCCCCUAUAUGUGAAUAAUAAAACCCUUGCAACCGAGCUUUCUCCAAAAAAAGAUACAAAACACAAAUCAAAAAAAAAUAAAAAACGUUAUACCUAUGAUAAUACACAAGAAAUAUAUGAAAAAAACAAGCACCUAUUAUAUGCCGAUAUCAAUGAAACUAAAAAUGCAUACAAAGUUAUGAAAGAAGCUUUAAGACAAUUAGAAUAUCAUGUUACAAAUGCAGUUGAUUAUGGAUUAUAUAAUAUAUAUUAUACUGACUAUAUGCUUUUUGAUGAUAUAAAAUAUCAAUAUAAUACAAAUGUUGAAAAAAAACAAUAUAUAGUUGAUAAUCCGAAUAAGUAUAAUAAAAUAAUAAACAAGUAUUGGAAUCCCGAUCAUGCCAAUUUGUUCAAUGAUGAUAAUGUUAAAAGAAAAAUUGUCCGUGUAUACAAUCCAAAUUUAGUAAUAAUACAACAACGUUCCAAAACAUGGCCAUGGUCUCGUGAGAAAUAUUUUUAUGCUAUAGCUGCAAAAUUUAAAAUAUCAGAAAACAAAAUUAUAAUUGUCAUGAGCUCAGCAAAUAUAAAUGAUAACAACUGUAAAAAUAAAAGAAAUUUUGAAAACAUAAUAGUAAAAAAUGCAAAUUUAUUCGAAGCUAACAUUGAUUCUGAAGAUGAUAUUAGAAAUGGAAAAUUAAAAAAAAUUUUUGUUAACUUAAGUGGACACAUUAUUGAAAAAAAAACGGACCGUAUUUAUGUCACCUAUUUCGAAUCUAUAAGCGGUAUACAGAUUUUAAUAAUAAUUUAUUUCAACAAUUGUUAA